UCAGCAGCUCGAAGUCGCAUAUACCUCGUUAACGUGACAGCCUGCGGUCAACCUGCACGGAGAAUAAAACUUGAUGCUCCAAAUAAACGACGCGAGACAAACCGCUCACGGACCAGGAGGACUGAUGGACUGAACAGACGAAUACAGAAAGAAAGUCUUAAUAGGGAUCUGAAUCGGGUGAAUAAAUAAUGGGCGAACUUAAAUUCGGAUUUGCACAAAGAGGAGUGAGUCCACAGGUUAGUUUUUAAGCUGGAGAAGAAGAGAAGCUGGUUUAAAAGGUAGAGGCAGUCCUCUCUCUGAGCCGUCACAUUUCAGCUCCCAGAGCGAAACAAAUGCGGACAGAAAGAUGCAUCUGGGCAAAGCUCUACUGUUCGUCCUCCUCCUCAACUGCGCGACUCUGAGCUCGCCCCUGUCCACUUGUGCCACCGUGGACAUCGACCAUGUGAAGAGGAAGAGGGUCGAGGCGAUCCGGGGUCAGAUCCUGAGCAAGCUUCGGCUGUCGAGCCCCCCGCACUCCCUGGGACCGAGCAAGGUACCCUAUCAGAUCCAGGCGUUAUAUAACAGCACGAAGGAGCUUCUGGAGCAGCUGGGCAGGGAUCGGAAGCAGAGCUGCGGACAGGACAACACAGAGACGGAGUACAUCGCCAAAGAGAUCUACAAAAUCAGCAUGGUGCACGGAACCCCAGACAACAAUAAUCUGCCCUGCCCUAAAAGCCUGACUUCUAAAGUUUUCCGCUUCAAUGUCACUGAAAUGGAAAGGAACUCAACCAACCUGUUCAGAGCAGAGUUUCGAGUCCUGAGGGUACCAAACCCCAAAGCCAUGAGAAGUGAACAGCGGAUUGAGCUCUACCAGAUUUUGAGACUAAACGAGCACAUCAGGAAGCAGCGUUUCAUCGCUGCUAAAAAUGUGCAGACCAGAGGCUCUCCUGAGUGGGUCACCUUCGAUGUGACAGAAACUGUACGAGAGUGGCUGAUAAACAAAGGAUCUAAUCUAGGUUUGGAAAUCAGUGUGCAUUGUCCCUGUCAUACCUUCAAUUCAAACGGUGACAUCAUCGACAAUGAAAAGGAGAUUCUGGAGGUGAAGUUUAGAGGUGUUGAUGGAGAUGAGGAGCAGAGUCGCUUGGAUCUGGACAACCUGAAAAAAAAUAAGCAGCAACACCCUCCUCACCUCAUCCUCAUGAUGAUCCCACCCCACCGCAUGGACACCCACUCCUCUCGCCGACGCAAAAGAGCGCUGGACACAAACUACUGCUUCUCAAACACGGAGGAGAGCUGCUGCGUUCGCCGGCUCCACAUAGAUUUCCGCCGCGAUCUGGACUGGAAGUGGAUCCAUGAGCCCAGUGGCUACGAUGCCAACUACUGCUCCGGUCCCUGCCCUUACCUGAGGAGCUCCGACACGACACAUAGCUCGCUGCUGAGCUUGUACAACACUCUGAAUCCAGAGGCCUCCGCCGCCCCCUGCUGUGUUCCUCAGGACCUGGAGCCCCUCACUAUUCUCUACUACUCUGGACGGACCCCUAAGGUGGAGCAGCUCUCCAACAUGAUCGUCAAGUCUUGCAAAUGUAGCUGAGAGGACACAAAAGACUGAUUGAGUUGAAAAGAUUUCACUAGGUACAGAAGAGGAAAACCUCGUAGACUCUGAGCUGUGAUGAAUACUUAAACUGACCCCGUGGCUUUUCUCUGAACAAAAACUAUUUUUUCUUCUUGUUCCUUGCUAAUUUUGCUGUUACAGAGACACUUCCGAGAGGCAAGUUAUUUUUAAAACCUGACCCAAAUUUAACCCCAGCUGAAUCAAAUUUAUUUUAUGGUCCAUUUUCAACUUCAAAAGUCAGAUAAUCCAUAGAGUUACAAUCUCAACAUUGUCAGCAGUGCAGCUUUUUAUUUCUGUCCUAAAUUUUAAAAUCUGCUCCCCUGAAUGGUCGGAUUUCUUUCUGGCUGGGGAUUUUGUUUAAACUUUCCUUAAGUUCCCUUCUCUGUAGACAGUGGGCAUUAUCUUCAAACACAAAAGGAGAAAGGACAGACUCACUGCUGUAUCCAAAGCCAUAGCUGUGGUCUGGGGAAAGGAGAGCUGAGUGAGAAUGCCUGUUGGAUUUGCAAUGGAAAGGCAAUGAACAAAGAAAUUGAGCCAAGGUUUUCUCUUUUGGCCAGCCAGCAGCGGUGGCCCUUUUAUUUUCUGUGCAUCUAUUAGAGCGGAUGGACAGGAAAGAAGAAAAGGGGACCUGAAUUGCAGGAAAGGAUUGUGUUGGAAACUAGCCACGGGUGCGCUGCCAUUCACUGGAUGUUUUCAUUCCUAACAGGUUCAAAUUAUUAUUUUUUUUUCCUCCUUGAACAUCAAAGAAUUUACUGGAAGAGAGCAAGUGUUAUGCAACGAGCUUUUAUGAGAUUUCUUUUACAUUAAUAGCAGAUUUUGUCUGUUAUGUAACUUGUCAUAUAGUGAUUGUUUCACUAACAGAAGGGAAUUGACGCGUGUCGUCAUUAUCCACAAUGAAAGCCAUUUUAUUCUGUACUAUACCUAGGAUACUGUUACAUUGUAAUUUAGAAAUGAUGUCCAACUUUUGUAUCUAUAUGUAUUAGACUAGCUUAACCUGUU